AUGGCUGUCGACUUGUGCUGGAAAUCGAAGCAACCAGGACUCAAGCUGUUGCGGUACAGCUUGAGUAAGCGGCGCCGAGAGUUCGUGCGCGAGAAUUCUCUGCACGUCGUACCCUACUUCGUCGACCCGACGAGGUCGAUUUACCAAAGAGUCAUGUGGUUUUUAAUCUUCAUUGCGUCCGCAAUCGCAGCUGUCGCAACCAUCGUGAUUAUCUGGCAGAAAUUUCAAACAUCGCCAACAUUAACCUACUUGAAUAUCGAGCGAGAAAACGUUUCUGUGGACUUUCCCAAUGUAUAUUUGUGUUUUGACAAAAAUCAUUUGGAUUUCUCUAAGUCGCAAUUAAGAGCGACGCAAAUCACCGGUAUCGAGUUAUUGUACGAGCGCUCAGAACUAUUUCAAUUGAUGAGUAAUGAAGACUUAGACGGACUUUCUUUUUCGCAAAUUUUGUAUGAGUCGACACCAGAAUGUCAAGAUCUCCUAUUCAACUGCGAGUUUAGAAAACAGUCGUACGACUGUGAAACUCUGUUCCCGCGAAAAAUUGCGACUGCCGAUGGUAUAUGCUGUGAAUUUAAGAGUCGGCGAAUCGAUAAAGAUGACCCCGCGUGGAGUUUGCAGUUUCAAAUAUCCGAAUAUCCAAUAAACGUACACCUGACUGGAAAAUCUGAAGGGCCACCGCUGUUAGGUCAAGAGCCAACUCAUAGAUUGCUCGCACCUGCGUCCAUCGGGCUAAGUUUGACCAUCACGUCAACAGCCAAUAGCGUACGUUUCCUCACUCGAAGUCAGCGCAAAUGCGUGUAUCCAGAGGAAAGCCUUUCGCACGCCGAUUGCGAAAGGACGCUUCAUAAGAAUGUCAUGUUAGCCAAGUGCAGCUGCCUUCCAUGGUUUUACGCUGACAGUCAGAUGGAUGAAUGCUAUUUUUGGCAAUAUCAGUGCCUCUCUACCAUACCAGAACAAAAGCUGACGAGCGGCAAGUGCUACAUGUCGUGCGAACACACGGCCUACAACGUGGAGAAGAUCGAGCGCAACAUCGACGCACAUAACAGUAACAACGCCAGCACCGAGAUAAAGUUUCUCUCGUGGCCGGAGGUGCGUUUUCGCCGUAAAACGCGCUUCGGCUGGCUGGAUCUCGUUGUCUCAUUCGGCGGAGUGGCUGGAUUUUUUAUCGGCUACUCCAUCAUCACCAGCUUCGAGAUACUUUAUUACUUCAGUUUGCGCACCUACUGUGGCGCUGUGCUUAGCAUGCCUAAGACUAAGUUUAAUGUACCGGUUGAACCAGCGCAUCCUUGUAAUAAUGCCUGCUAACGAAGGACUCCAUUAUACUUUACCAAGAUUAUCUGUCCCUUGAUGUUCACUUUCACUGUAGCUAUGCUAUUUGUCAGUUGUAACCAAUUUUUCACCAAUAUUUAUCGUAAUUACCACAACAAAGUAAUUUAGAACUAGUUAAUCUUUCACUCAUCUGCUAAUACAACGUCGAAGCAAAAGGAAUAUUUCAAGAUUGCGUAAAAAUAUGUAAGUUUUUAUUAGAAUUUCAGUCUGUUUCCAGCAUUGUUGCAUUGAUGCAUGUUUUCUCUUUCAAUUUUUGAGUCAUUUUCGACA